AUGGACCGGCAAUCAGUAUACUCGACUCACGUUUACGAGCCAAGUUUUGGCCAGAAUGAGGAUACACGCACUCAGAUCCAGACCCAGCUGGAGAACUUUAUCCUCCAAUUCAGACACGACAACAACUACACCUACAGAAAUCAGCUGAAGGAGAAUGCGUUGCUCAAGAAAUACUACUGCGAUGUCGACGUUACCGAUCUAAUUAACUACAAUGAGGAGCUGGCGCAUAGACUUGUGACAGAACCGGCAGAGAUCAUUCCCUUGUUCGAAGCGGCCCUCAAGAAAUGCACCCACCGAAUUGUCUUUCCUCAGCAGACAAAAGUCGACUUGCCUGAGCACCAGCUGCUGCUUCACUCCAACGCCGAAGAUGUCUCGAUCCGCAACCUGGACUCAAUGACGAUAGCGCGCCUUGUUAGGGUACCAGGAAUUGUCAUUGGCGCCUCUGUCAUGUCGUCAAAGGCGACGGAGCUGUCCAUUCAAUGUCGCAACUGUGCACAUGCUUCCACAAUUCCCGUUCUUGGUGGAUUCACGGGAGUCACUCUUCCCAGGCAAUGCGGCCGGUCAAGGGUGCCGAACGAUCCCACACCUAAGUGCCCUCUUGACCCAUACUUUGUUCUUCACGAAAAGUCACAGUUUGUUGAUCAACAAAUUAUCAAACUCCAAGAGGCGCCGGAUCAAGUCCCUGUAGGCGAACUUCCUAGACACGUCUUGAUCUCUGCAGACCGCUAUUUGACCAAUCGUGUGGUCCCCGGCUCGAGAUGUACGGUCACAGGCAUUUUCUCAAUCUACCAGAACAAGGCGACAAAGAACUCUGCUACCGGUGGUGCUGUUGCUAUUCGUACGCCUUAUCUGAGAGCCGUGGGCAUCCAAACAGACCUAGACCAGACAGCGAGAGGUCAGGCGAUCUUUUCCGACGAGGAGGAGCAAGAGUUCCUGGAAAUGAGCAGGCGGCCUGAUCUCUACAAUAUAAUGGCCGACUGUAUAGCGCCGUCUAUCUACGGAAACCGCGAUAUCAAAAAGGCUAUUCUGUGUUUGCUGCUUGGUGGCUCCAAGAAGAUUUUGCCUGACGGCAUGAAGCUUCGUGGAGACAUUAACGUACUUCUUCUUGGUGACCCCGGUACUGCGAAGUCACAGCUGCUGAAGUUUGUGGAGAAAUGUGCGCCCAUAUCGAUUUAUACGUCCGGUAAGGGGUCUUCCGCCGCUGGUCUUACAGCUUCCGUCCAGCGCGACCAGUCUACUCGCGAGUUCUAUCUCGAGGGCGGUGCCAUGGUCCUUGCCGACGGUGGUGUCGUGUGUAUCGAUGAGUUCGACAAGAUGCGUGACGAAGACCGAGUGGCUAUCCACGAAGCCAUGGAACAGCAAACAAUUUCUAUCGCCAAGGCAGGCAUUACCACAAUUCUCAACGCCAGAACCUCAGUCCUGGCUGCAGCGAACCCGAUUUUCGGUCGUUAUGAUGACAUGAAGACUCCCGGUGAGAACAUCGACUUCCAAACCACUAUCCUGUCUCGUUUCGACAUGAUCUUUAUUGUCAAGGAUGAGCACACGCGGGAGAAGGAUGAGAGAAUAGCCAAGCACGUUAUGGGCAUCCAUAUGGGUGGCCGUGGCGUUGAAGAGCAGGUCGAGUCGGAAAUCCCGGUUGACAAAAUGAAGAGAUACAUCAGCUACUGCAAAUCGAGAAUGGCACCCCGCCUCAGCCCUGAAGCCGCCGAAAAGCUCUCGUCACAUUUCGUGUCUAUCCGUAGGCAAGUUCACGCGGCGGAGAUGGAAGCGAACACACGGUCUUCCAUCCCCAUUACCGUUCGCCAACUCGAAGCCAUUGUCCGUAUUACCGAGUCGUUGGCCAAGUUGACGCUGUCCCCUAUUGCUACAGAGGAGCACGUGGACGAAGCCAUUAGACUUUUCUUGUGCUCCACGAUGGAUGCUGUCAACCAGGGCAGCAAUCAGGGAAGCAAGGAGCUCAACGACGAAGUCAACAGACUAGAGGCUGAGCUUAAGCGACGCCUUGCUGUUGGCUGGAGCACGAAUUUGUCCACGCUGAAACGAGAGCUAGUUGAGCAAAAGGGUUACAGCGAGCAAGCACUCAACCGGACAUUAAUGAUCAUGCAGAGGAGGGAUACUAUUGCAUUCCGAAACCAAGGAGCACAGGUAUAUAGAAACUCGAUCUAG